AUGCUCUUCCAUAUCUGCGCGGCCCUUUCCUUGCUAGCUGGACUAGCCACCGCCCAGCCCUGCGAUGGAACGUCCCAGACGAUCACGGCUCAUAAAUUCGCCCGAUACGAAGCCGCAUCCGGUAAUUUCGGGGGACAACCGCUUGGAUCUUUCGGCAGGGCCAACGAAAUCGAGUGUGCAAACCUCUGCCAUGACCGCUCGGAUUGCGUCUCUUUCACGUUCCAAUCCGGAACUUGCACCAUCUACCCAUACGCCACGGCCCGGAUUGCGAAAGGCAAGCAGUUUGUGGCCAAUCCUGGAGCCUGUGAUGAACAGUUCAAUCGAGGGGUCAGAUACGCUGAAGGUGGAUUCCAUCCUCCGCAGUCGAGGCGCCCCCCAAUGCGCCCGGGGCCUGCUGCGAGAUUUACUAUCCCUGAUCUCCCCGACGAAGUGGUCCAGACCUUGAUGCGAGGGAAAUUGAUUCUUGACGCCAUUGUCUACUGCGGGCGGUAG